AGUACUUAAACCACGACCACCACCACCACACGUUUUGCGUACAACUCAACCCAAUAUGUAUUCUAUCGCCCGCCGUACUGCCCUUAGAUCCGUCGCUGGCUUCGGCCAGAGCCCUGCUUCCUCGAUGAGGAACGGCUACAGCUCGUCGAGAGCAUAUAGUACCAUGCACGACAACGAUCCCGAGCUCCUGGAAAAGGAGAAGCACAGAAACCUCCAGGGCAAACAGCACGAGACGUCGACGCCCAUUCACGACGCGCCAGGUUGGAACGAACACCUGGGCAGUGCGUCGGAGGCUUUUAUCAAGGCCGACCGUUCUGGACACCAGGAUCCCGCGGCCCUUCAGGAACACACUGUCGACUAUGUCCGCAACCGCCAUCACCCCGAAGACAGACUUUCCCGCCGUGAGGCCGGAUACCCCAAAGACGAGGUAGCUGGUCCACUUUCAAGCGCGGGGAGCACAGGUGGUGUAGAUCCUGACGAUGACAUGACUGCAGACGGACCGAAAGUAAAAGUUGUGAAAGAGCAUUCAGAGAAGACAGAGGUCAUCAAAGAGGUUCGUUAAGCGUUGAUGGUAUCGACCGCCACAGGUGAAAGCUGAGCGUGGUGUCUUUGACAACUGAGCUAUCUGCUCUCGAUAUUACGUCAAGCUGAAAUCCGUUGGCCGUCACCGACUUCCUUUAAUGUACUAUAGUGAUUCGUUUUCAUGUAAUUCUAGGAGCCCGCAAUGUGCCGUAAUUCGACAGAUAUUAUUCGCUGCUUGGCGGGCCUUGCAAUUGGGCGUCGUGCUAGUGGUUCCGGAGGCCAUUUGCAUUGACAGCGCUCUGAUUGGAC